UCUUCUUCCUCUUCCUAUUGCCCACCUCUGCAAAACCCUCCUUAAACCCAAAUGGACUCACCGUCAUCGCAUUCGUUCGACAACGCCCCCACCGACUCCAUGAAACCGCCUGAAUCCAUCUCCCAUUUCAUCCCAAAGCUUCUGAAGUUCUAAGCUUUCACCAUGAAACCCCUCUGCUCAAGAACCCCGCUGUACUUGCUCCUCCACAGAGGCCCUAAUUCUCAGCACCAGCCGUCACUCUUCCUCCAUGUCUACCACCUCUCCACACAAUCCUCAAACUUCCACUCCCAGCCUCCUCUGGCGCAUUCCUCGAGGCGGUACGAGCACGAGUCCCGGGACGUUCGGGUCUCGGUGUGGUGGGACUUCGAGAACUGCCACGUCCCGGCUGGGGUCAAUGUGUUCAGGGUGGCCCCAACGAUCGUUGCCGCCGUUCGGGCUAAUGGGAUGAAGGGUCCGGUUCAGAUCACCGCCUUCGGGGAUGUUCUGCAGCUGUCUCGGGCCAAUCAGGAGGCUCUGUCUGCCACCGGGAUCAACCUCACUCACAUUCCUAACGGUGGUAAAAACAGUGCGGACAGAUCUCUACUUUUGGACCUUCUCUACUGGGUAUCCCGGAACCCUCCACCGGCACACCUGUUCUUGAUUUCUGGUGAUCGGGACUUUGCUGGAAUUCUGCACCGGUUAAGAAUGAACAACUACAACAUACUUCUCGCGAGCCUGGAUAACGCGCCUGGUGUCCUUUGCAGUGCUGCUAGCAUAAUGUGGCAUUGGAAUUCUAUGAUCAGAGGGGAAGACCUCAUUGGCAAGCUUUACAACCAACCCCCCGAUGGUCCCCAUGGUUCCUGGUAUGGCCAUUACAGGGGCUUGCUUGAGGACCCUUUUGCAGUUCCGGAGCAAUCACCUCUGCUGAAAAAUGAGGGUUCACCCACUCUGGAGCCCAGCUCGGAGCUUAAGGUCCGCCCUGUUCCAAGGGUGGUCAUGAGGACUAUUAAUAAUAUACUGAGGGAAUACCCGGAUGGAAUCUCGAUCACAGAACUGCGGGAAGAGCUCAAGAAAUCGAAUCUGAUCUUAGAUAGGGAUCUUUAUGGGUACAAAAAGUUUUCGCGAUUUCUCUCAUCAAUGCCGCACAUUUUGCAGCUUCAGUUUCAGCAUGACGGGCAAUAUUUGGUACGGCCUGCCAGUGCAAAACGUAAUGGACCAUCUGAUCUGACUGGAGACUUAUCUUCUGGGUUCAGUAUGGACAGUGGAGAGGUGGACUGGAGGACUAACCCUAACACAAAGGUAGAGGGUGAGGAAAGAUCUUCAUUCAAAGAUGACAGGGCAAAGCCUGAGUCAGGAAUUGUCACCGAAGUAAGUAUAGGGAAGGUAAAACAGCAGACCUCCACGGAUCGAGAUUGGGUGAAGUUGUCUAAAGCUGUAGAUAUGGCACCGCCACAGCCCGAUAAGAAAUUCUUUGAGGGGGUUAAUACACAAGCUAAUGAGGAAAAUUUAUCUCCUACACAGCAACAAGAUGAGUCUAUGCCUCAAGUGGGUUUUUUCAGAAGGAUUUGGAGAAGAUGGUUUGAGGCUACUGAUUCUGGUGAUCCAAACAAGAAAAGUGAAACGCUUGGUAAUUCUGUCGAUCAUUCAGUUGAGAGGAAGGGUGAGAAAAAAGUUGCAAAGGUGGUGAGUAAGGAUGUUGGUCUAGUAAAUUCAGAAUCAUCAUCUUUGCCUAGUAAGGAGUUGAGCGUAAAAGAAGAGGUGAGUGUGGAUUCUGAUAGGAGAGGUUUGUUUCACCGAAUUGCAAGUUGGUGCAAAUUUCAGGGGAAGGGGGCUACUAGCAAACCGGAACCAGCAAUUGAUGGAUCCACUGAAGAAGCUCUGGAUGAGAAAAGUGACUGCCUUGCGAGGGAUGACAUUUUUUCGCAGGAAACAUUUUGGAACGAUGUGAAAUCUUUUCUCGACUCUUCCCGAGGUUCAGAUAUCGUCUCUCAGUCUCGGACCAGGGCCGCAUUGGCCAGAAAUAUGAGGAAGGGUGGGCCCGCUAUCCUCGAAACGCUCAGUGAAACAGAUCUCCUCCGCCUCAUUGAUCUAGUGAUCUCGGAGAAGAAACUGGUGGAAGAGAAUACUUCUCAGGUGUUUCCUUUCAGACUUAGUCAGCCUCGUUCUCAGGGCUCAAAAGGGCUGAGAUCGAUCUUCUCCGAUAAAACAUCGGAGCACGAGGGGGAGAGAAAAGUUCACAACAUUUCCCAUACCGGGGUUUCUUCGCCAGUUCUCAACAAGAAGCCUCCUGAUCGAUCAAGGAAUCAGCUUUUAGCAGACGUCCAGAAGCUCGUGCAGGAGGUGUUGGUCCGACAUCCUGAAGGGUAUAACAUCACUUGUUUCAGGAAGCUUUUCCUUGAGAAGUAUGGUUACCCUCUCGACCUGCAGAAGCUUGGGUACCUGAAAAUCACAGGCCUCCUGCAGGUGAUCCCGGGAGUCUCUCUUGAAUCAGGGCUGAUGUUCCCCUCAAGCAGAGCCAAGCAGGGUUCGAGCCCUGUAACUUCUACUGGGAUCCAAUCUGUGGCCAGUUCAGAUGGGGAUUCAUCUGAUUCAUGGGAUGAACUGGGUCCCCUCACCAAAGAAAGUUCAGGUGGAAGAACUAAACUGCCCAAGUACGAAUCCGCACUCUUGGAUGAGGAGGAAGUUACUUCUGGAUCGGAGGAUGAGACUAGUCUAGCAGGACAAGGAGGAGGGAGGCACAAGAAGCAACGGGACAUGGAUGAAGAUAGCUCUCUGAUGCAGAUACUCAAUUCCUGGUACAGCAAGGAUGUCGGAAGUGGUAACACGAAGGACUUGAAGCCUGAGGAAGCUGGUUGUCCUGACCUGUCCAGCGACUCCUCUGAGCUCUAUGAGCAGAGGCAGAGGCAGAAGAAAGCCUAUUCAUUCGUGGCAGAUACAAAUGGGAGCGGUGAGAGAGAGAAGCAGAUCGAGAGUAUUUUAGGUAGUAUGAAGAAUAUGGAGAGCGAACAGAGGAUGCAGCAGCAGACCUGAGCAUUUAUUCGCUGGAGCCAGAAAUGAAAUUCUCGUAGGCAGUCUUGUUGAACUAAGUCAUCAUACAACUUUCCCUUCCAAUUCCACCUUCGCUAUUUGUUCGGUGGUUCGAGAAUUUAGGAGCUUCCGAAGAUCAUGAUUUGAUUGAUCGGGAAGUGAGGAAGGUUACCGGGUGAGAUAAAAUCCGGAGACCUUGCUUAUAUUUCUCUUUUUAGCCCAUUUGCUAUUGAACUUUUAGGAGACGGCUUAUGCAUGUAAGCGGACGGGCUAGUUUCUCCUUGAUCAGUUUUUAUUCAGAAGAGGAUUUAUAGGAUCAAUUAAUCGACGACUAUUUUAAGUAGUUCAGAAAA